AUGAACGACAAAAUCAAUAGUGAACAAAAUAUUAAUAUUUCUGCCACAAACAAUAAUUUGCUUGUCUCUGGCUUAAGUGCUGAUUAUGAUGAUUUAACAAUUGUACGUCAAAUACCAGAUACGCGUGAUUUCAGAUGCCAAAGAAAAUUUCCCCAGCUGUCAGAUUUUCAAGCCAAAGUAUCCAUUAUCAUAACGUAUCACAAUGAAACACAGUCCAUACUAUAUCUGACCAUCAAUUCUAUAUUCCGAAGGACCCCUUUACAAUAUUUAAAAGAAAUAAUAAUUAUUGACGAUUGCAAUGAAGAUGAUUCAAUUAUACAAAACCUACAAAAUCACUACAAAUCACUUAAUCUCCUAAAAUGCCUGCGCAAUCCACAUCGUUUUGGCUUAAUCAAAUCUCGUAAUUUAGGUGCAGAAAUCUCUUCAGGAGAUUAUCUUAUGUUCUUGGAUAGUCAUUGUGAGGUAAACGAACAAUGGCUGGAGGCAUUAUUAAACACAAUAGUAGUAUCGAACAAUUCCCAUAUGGCAGUAAGUCCUGUACUGGACAAUAUUGACGUUGCAACUAAAGAAUACAAAGCCACCUCUGUGUUUAUAAAAGGAGGCUUUGAUUGGAAUUUACAUUUUCAUUGGAUAGCGAGAGAAAAAACUGUAAAUACAAUUUUACCAUUUAGAUCUCCUACAUUUGCUGGUGGUGUAUUUUUGAUUUCACGAAAUUGGUUUUUUAAAUUGAAAGCUUUUAACACUCGUCUAGAGAUCUGGGGCGGUGAAUCGUUGGAAUUUUCGUUGAAAUUGUGGUUAUGUGGUGGCGACAGAGGCGAAAUCAAAAUGGUUCCUUGUAGCAGGGUGGGUCAUAUAUUUCGUAAAGAACAUAUAUUUCAAUUUCCCAACAAUGAUGGUCAACAAACAUAUUUAAGAAAUUCAAAAAUUAUAGCCGAAACCUGGCUGGAACACUAUAAAUACAUUUUCUACAAUCUCAAACCAGAAGCCAAAAAUAUUUCUAUUGACGACACUCGAGUAGAAAAUAAACACUUUAAGGAUGCCCUAAAUUGUCAACGAUUUGAGUGGUAUUUACAAAAUGUAUUUCCAGAAUUAAGACCUUUGGAAAACUAUAGCGCCAAUGGUAUUAUACAAUCCUCAGCCUUUGUCUCUGAGAAUCUAUGUCUUCAUCAUGAUUUAUUGGAUCCGUAUAGCUCCGCCCCAAUUAUGUGUAAUUGUUUAACACCCAAUAUUACCCACUGGUUUCUGCUGAGAAAUACCCAACAAUUGCAAACUCAGAAAGGCUUUUGUUUAAAUGUUGUGCCGACAGAAGGUCGAAGCAUUGAGCGUCCAGAGUUUAAGGUUGUUAUGGAAACUUGCUGGCGUCCGUCUAGACAAGCUUGGCUACGUUAUGGUUUACAGUUACGGCACUCGGAAACAGGGUUAUGUUUGGAGUUAACAGUGGAAUUAAAUGUUAUUGUAAAUCCAUGUAGAAAAGAAUCGGCUAUUCAAUAUUUUAUAUUUGAAAGAGAAUUAGAACGUAUUUGA